GACGUGUUGAAAUCAUUAUAUGCUCCCUUCAAAGUUGCGCUGAUUCCGUGAAAAUGCGGCAUCCUUCACUUCCAGUCAUUCCUUAAGCCAUUAGUUCGCUUUCUUUCCGAUAUGCUUGUUUUCCAUAUCUUGGCCGCUGGGCUGCUGGCAGCCGUCGCGACUGCUGCUCCUUACGGUAGGCGAGUGAUACCGAAGCAACGAAGUGCAGGCGAGCGUCUAGUUUUUGCACAUUUUAUGAUGGGCAUAGUUUCCAAUCGCCAAAGCGCACUCGAUUAUGAUUACGAUAUGAAGCUUGCGAAGGCCGCGGGCAUCGACGCCUUUGCACUUAAUAUCGGCACAGAUGAUUAUACCCAGACCCAGUUAGAUCUAGCCUAUGAAGCUGCUUCCCGGAAUGAUAUGAAAGUGUUCAUUUCCUUUGAUUUCAAUUGGUUCAAACCCACCAGCUCGGCCAGCGACGUGGGUAGUCUGAUCAAAUCCUAUGGCAACAGGCCCGCGCAACUCAAAGUCGACGGCAAGGUUUUCGUCUCCUCAUUCACCGGGGAUGGCCUUGACGUUGGUCAGGUCCGUCAAACCGCAGGUGCAGACAUUUACUUUGCUCCCAACUUUCAUCCUGGACAGACGCCAGACGCUGGAUCAAUAGAUGGAGCGCUGAAUUGGAUCGCCUGGGAUAAUGACGGCAACAAUAAGGCGCCAAAGCCCGAUCAAAAUGUCACAGUCAGCCAAGGUGAUCACACAUAUACAGCGUGGCUCGGAUCGAAGGAUUACAUCGCCCCUGUUUCACCGUGGUUCUUCACCCACUACGGCCCUGAAGUGUCCUACAGCAAGAACUGGGUGUUUCCUGGUGACCUACUUUGGUACAAUCGAUGGAACGAGCUUUUGGAACUGGGUCCAAGAUUCGUCGAGAUCAUCACCUGGAACGAUUACGGAGAGAGUCACUACAUUGGCCCUUUGUCUAGCAAGCACACAGAUGAUGGGAACAGCAAAUGGGUCAAUAACAUGCCUCACAAUGGUUGGCUCGAUAUGGCGAAACCAUUCAUCGCUGCGUAUAAGGCUGGUGAUAAGUCACCCAACUCACACAUCGUAGAAGAUAAGCUUGUAUACUGGUAUCGACCGACACUGAAGAGCCUCAACUGUGAUGCAACCGACACCACACUGGAUGAUGCGCCCAAUCCGAACGGCAAUUAUUUUAAGGGCCGGCCUGACGGUUCAGAUACCUUGGAGGAUUCCGUAUUCAUUGUAGCCUUGCUCAAGGAGGCUGCCAGUGUCUCCACAAGCUCAGGCAUCAACAACAAGACAUUCGAAGCCCCGGCUGGUGCAAGCGUGUGGAAAGUGCCCAUGGCAGUUGGCCAACAGAAAUUUAGCAUUCAACGAAACGGCAGCACAGUAUGCGCCGCAACGAGCUUGAGGGACAUCACAGAUGUGUGCCCUUGUGGAUUAUACAAUUACAACGCCUAUGUCGGAACAGUUCCAGCCGGCCAACCGGAUGCCCUUGACGCAGAUGGUCUUACCGGUCUAAAAGCUGGGCUGAAAGUGACCACUUGCUCUGCUGUGUCUUCUCGUUAAACCCUUUUGGUACAUCCGGACAGGAAAGAGGGUUCUACGAAACGAAUCAAAAACAUACAUUCUAUAGCAUAUUGAUAAU